UACUUAAGUUGUUAGAUGGCCGACCGGCCGUUUUUUAAAAUUAUUACUUUUUUUUUAAUGUAUAUAGAUUUAGUCGUUUUUUGUUAAUCGGAUGAUGUAUUAAUUUACGAAAGAAAAAAACCUCGAGUAAAACAUAUACACACAACCUAUUUACUACAUGCUGAAAUUAACAUAUAAAAAGCUAAUUCCCCCAAAUCUUCCCAGAUGGUGAGGAAAAUGAGUUCUCGUGUAGAGGACGAAGAAGACAUUAUUGAUGUUGAUGUGAGCGAUGAUGAGAAAUACAAUGCAAAUAAUGUCUUCCAGGGCCUCUGGAUCCCUUAUCCGGAUCAAGUUGCUGAAAUGUUUGAGAAACUGGACAAUGGUGGCUUACCAGUUCUUAAAUGGAAAUGUCCUGGUCGCAGGCCACCUGAGGUGGAGAAAGAGGAUGAAGAUAUGGACAUAGAACAGAAGUUAGUUGUGGAACAGAAAAUAGAAGAACUCAAAGAGGAAAAAAAAGUGCCACAACCUACAGAAUUUGAUUUUGAUGAUGGCAGCCUAGAGCAAUCUACCACUAAACUAACUCCUAGAAAAACACCUGGUUCAUCAAAAGGCAAAAAGAGAGUUGCCAGAAUGGAUAAAGUGCUUGACGAUCUUAAUCGACAAAGGAAAGCCACUGAAGCUACAAAGGACCAGCGAAAGAAAGGUACCCCAAAGUCUGCUCGAGGAUCAGCAGGUGGACGUUUUUUCUCAUCACCUCGAACGCCAAUGUCUGCUGAAAAGUAUGCGCCUUCUAUAACACCACCAGGUACACCUCGAUCUGUUGGAGCAAAGAGCUCACACAAUCGUCUCUUGAGUUCUAAAUACACUCCACCUUUACGUUCCACCUCCUCGUCUCCUCGUACAUUAUCCAGUCCCAAAUCUCAAACUGGUCAGAGUGCAGAGAAAAAUGCUGCACAGACUACAUCCACUGUUACUAAAGUUCCUCAAAGCACACUUCCAAGCGAUGCUGAGUUCAAUGCGACCGAAGUGACUCAAGCAGAAUCAGUGGAAAGCCCCAUCAAGACAAGUGGGUCAUCCACUGGUUUGUCUAUAGCCAUGACCACUGCUGUCGUCAGCUCCUCGAAGUACACACCUCUAACCCAAGCUCUCAUGACUGAACCAAUGGUAAGCUCUUACCCCUCUAAUAUAACUCUUUUUAAUAAACCAAGGGUUUCUCUUCCACAAAAUGUGCCACAAUCACUAUCUGGUACCACUACAGCUAAUGCUAGCUGUAACAGCACUACUACUACUACUACUUCUACUACUACUACUACCACCAUUACUACUACCACCAGCACCACUUUGGCUCCUACUUCUCCUAUUGGUGCACCUGCCAGCUCUCCUCUUUCUGCCACUGCACUUGCAGUAUCUACUCAGGCUUCACACUUUGCCAGCAAUACUCAACCAGCUCAUUCGGUGGCAGGUAUUUCACGAUCUAGCAUUUCCCUCUUCCCCCAUCAGUCUGCCCAGGUUGCACAACAGCCUUCUGUGGUCAGAACAGCUCAAUCCUAUCUUGCUAAUUCUCCUAUGGCUCAACCUGUACAAUCUCCUGCUCAGUCACCUUUGAACCAACAUGCCCAAUCACCAAUGAUGCAUCCUGCCCACUCACCAUUGAUCCAAUCCGUACAGUCCCCUAUGGCACAGCCUGUUCAUUCACCCAUGCCUCAACCUGUCCAUUCACCUAUGGCAAAACCUGUCCAGUCACCCAUAGCUCAUCCUGUUAUGUCUCCUAUUGCCCAGUCACCUAUCAGUCAAACUAUUCACUCUCCAAUGAGUCAACACACUCAGUCCCCUAUGAGUCAGCACACACAUUCUCCCAUGACACAAAUCUCAAUGUCUCCUUUACAGCAGCCUGCUCUGUCCCCAAUGAAUCAACCUGUCCCGUCCCCUACUGCUGCCCAGUCUCCACUGUCUUCAGCUGCUCCAUCACCUUUACAAACUGGUGCUCUGUCUCCAAUUACACUCCAGUCCAAUCCAAUGGCUCAGACGGCUUCUGCACACCGGGUAGUCCAACAGAAUCUACCCCAGACUGGUUUGAUUACUAAACCCCGCCAGGCUGCUUCAGGCAAACCAAAGUUAAGUUCAGACAAAUCUAAACAUGUAGCCUCAGGUAAGCCAAGAGGUCCCCCAACUUCUCCAUAUGCUGCAUCACCUGCAGCUAGUCAGCCUAGUUUUAGUUCUCUACAAGCCCAGCUUAGCCAGGGACUGCUGCAACAGAAGGCUCAGUCUGCUCCACAGCAACUGUCUCAGGCUACUCAGCAGCAGAUCAACCAGUUGCUUCAACAACAACAACAACAACAACAACAACAGCAGCAGCAGCAACAACUACAACAGCAACAGCAGCAACAAAGAUCCCAAGUGACAUCACAACAAGUGAUACAAGCUUCUCAGUUACAGGCUCAGACCUCACUGGAACAGCAAUUGCAGCAGCAGCAGCAAUUACAGCAACAACAACAGCAGCAACAACAGCAGCAGCAGCAGUUGCAACAACAGCAGCAGCAACAGUUGAUACAAGCUUUAAGUCAACAAAAUGUCAAUCAACAACAGUUGAAACUUAGUUUAGCACAGCAGCAAAUUUCGCAGCAACAGCAACAACAACAGCAGCAACAACAACAGCAACAGCAAUUACAGCAGCUACAACAACUGCAACAGCAACAACAAUUGCAGCAACAGCUACAGCUACAACAACAAUUACAACAACAACAGCAACAACAACAACAGCAGCAGCAACAACAAACACCUCAAGUUGCUGGUCAGCAGGUGUCCGGUGUGCAGCAGUCGCAAAGUGUGAUGCAGCAGCAGAUAACCCAACAACUUACUCAGCUGAUCAAACAACAGAAAACGCGACAGUUUGUCUCUCCGCAACGUGUUGCCCAGCAGCUUGCGAAUCAAGCAGCAUCUCAGAAGUUAGCACUACAACAGCAGCAACUGCAGCAGUUACAACAGCAGCAGCUGCAACAACAACAACAGAUGCAGCAACAGCAGCUACAGCAACAACAGCAGCAGCAGUUGCAACAGCUUCAGCAGCUAGUUCUUCAACAGCAACAACAGCAGCAGCAGCAACAGCAGCAAGCUCAGAUAGGAAACCAAACCCCAAUAGGGCAAAGUUCACCCCAGUCUCAAGUAAGCCAGGCCUCUCCACAGUCAGUCCUUAGCCAACCCUCCCCACAAGCAUCAGUAGGUCAAGCGUCUCCACAGACUCCAUCUAGUCAGGCUUCACCCCAGGCUGUCAUUAGUCAAUCAUCUCCACAGGCCUUAAUGGGUCAGACAAUCUCCCAGCAAGCUGUUAGUCAGUCACCAUCUCAGGAGCCCACUAGUAAGUUGCAGCUGAGUGCCGCAGCCUCGGUUCAGUUAGCAAAGCCAAGAGGAGCUCCUUCAGCUUUACAAGCAGCUUUGUCACAAAUGAACCGAGCCAGCCUUAGCCAGUAUUUUCAGGCAGCCAAAGCCCGUGCAAACCAAGCAAAUCACCCCCAGUUAUUAAAAUCCCUUUCUCUGACCACACAGGCUAACCAAUUGCUUACAUCUCAAUCACAGCCAACUCAGUCUCCCACCACCCAAACUCUGUUUCACAACACUCAGAUUCCUAUCAGCUCAGCUCAAAACAUUGCUCAGGUUAACGCUGCUACUCUUCACAAUCAGUUAUCUUCAAGAAGCCAUGUUCCUUCAACUAAUCCUUCUAAUAUUGCCCAAUCACCUGUCACCUCUAUAUCACAGUCUCCUCCAGCUGGCACACAGCAAUCUUCACUUCUGCGCAAGGAUGAUGUACUCACUGCACAAACUCUUGGAAUUUCUCAAAAUAAGAUUUCCUCACCAGAUUACAAACUUUCCAUUUUUACACAGGCCACCACUCCACAAACAGGAUCGUCAGGACCAAUUUUGACCCGAAAGUCUUCUCUGAGCGGUAGCGAAGUAGAUUUAUCAUCACAGGCAAUUAUGGAAUUGAAUGCAAACCAGUUAAGAAGUGUCGCUGUGUCUGGUCAAUCUUCCAGUGGUGCCACCGCUACAGCAACUUCACUCAGUCAAGGUGGUACUUUAUUAACUCCACAAAGCAGAACUUUAUCUCAGAACAUACUGCAAACCAGUGGUGAAACUUCUGUUGCUCAGCAAGAGCGAUUCACUCUAAGCUCUAUGGUUCAGGGUGCUAACAAUUUAACUAGCUCUAAACAAGUGCCUCAUCAAAAUGCAUCUGAGGCAAAUGAACCUUCGCCUUCAGCCACUCGGGAACGUUUGUCAUUGUCAUCUAUGGUGCGAUCAUUUGACCUUAGUAGUCUGACACAACAAGAAAAGCAAACAUUGUCAUCUUUAAUACAAUCCAGAGAAUUGUCAUCACUUCAGAACCAAGAACGUUUUUCUCAACAUUCAGAAGGAGACAUCGUAUCCCUUGCCCAACAGUACUCCAGUGUCCCAAAAGUCCAAUCAUCUGUUCCAGUGGGUUUCUCCCAAUCCCAUGCAGGGUCAAUAGGAGAUCCUGCUGUUACACAAUCAUAUAUGAUGCCAAAGUCAGCAAUAAUUGGAAAGCCUCCUCCACCUUAUUCAGUUGCUAUUGCUGAGAAAGCACAAAUGAUUUUAACUUCCAUCGCUGGACGAAAAGAUGCCAAUGCAAUAAGUCAUCUUUCAUCGGGUGUCGCUGAUAAAUCAAAUGUAGCAUUCGUUAAAGGGACUGAAAUGUCAUUGCCUUCAUCCAUUUCUUAUAAUUCUGGAGUUAAUUGGAAUACUUUACAAACUGUUUCAACUGAUUCAGGAACUAAUAUUGUAUCUAGUACACAUACGAUUACUACUCCACAGUCAGGUGUGAACUCUCUGGCAACCAACCAAAUUUCACAACUUCUCCUCCAAAAGACACCAAUGCAAACUGUGCAGCAAUUUGAUGCACAAAGAAAAGAUGAUAAACAAACGUUAGAUUUAGUUAACACCUCUUUGUCUGCAGUUAGAGCUGCCAUCUCUCAGUCUACCAGCAAAGAGAGUCCGUUAGUGCAUAAAAAGGUAUUAGGAUUUUCUUCUGUGAAGAAUUCAAGUAAUGCCGUGAGUACACCUCAACAGUCAGAUGUUGUCAACACUGUUGCGACCAAUAACUCUUUACUGCAGCACAUGCUAGUGUCUUCAGCAACAGAAGCUGCAACAUCUGCAUCAAUACUCCCAUCACUUCCCACCCAAGAACUUAAUCUUCACAAGUUGUCUUUGAGUAGUGUUUCUCUUCCUAGCAGUACUGCCUUAACUCAGUCAACAAGCCACAUUUCAGCAGCAGCAGUAUCAACAUCAACAGCAACAACAACAGCACCCACUCGUCCACGUCUAAACACUAUUGCUGCUUUACUGAACAUAGAUUCAGGGCAGCGGACGCAAGCUGAAUUACGGAAACUAUCUUUGGCAGGUAUCUCAGCAGAUGGUUCCACGGGUAUUUCAAAUUUUGGACAAAGUUUAGGCAUAGGUUCUGCUUCUAAUUAUUCUUCUGUUGUAACUACUGCUGGCAAAGCAAUUACUUCUUUGAAACCUUUGACUAUUGUAACUAGUAGUAAUACUGUUGUUGCAGGUCAUGCAGUCAAACCCCGACCUAAAAUUGAUGCUAAUCAGUCAGUGGCCUUUUCAGAAAACACUUUUCAAAGUGAUCAACAACAGCAACAAUCUAGCAAUGCUUCUGUUUCUGAAUCUUAAAUAUUAUUUCUCUUUUAAAUGCAAAUUUCUUUCUGUACAAAAAAGAAAAGAAAAAAAUCAGAAAACAAUGCAAUUACAACAAAAA